AUGGCUAGUGCGACCAGCAGUAAGGCGCCAGUUCCGGAAAUCGUCUCCUCGAAAUCCAUCAGCUCGGCAGUCGUCACUCCAGCCGGAGCCGAGGACGACUCGUCAUCCAGCAUCGGCCAAGAGAACCCCAAGAAGACCUGGAAGUCUUACGUCUGGGACACUCUCGACAAGCCUGCUGAGGAGCGUCGCUUCCUCUUCAAGCUUGACGCGGCAAUCCUAACAUUCGCAAGCUUGGGGUACUUUAUCAAGAACCUCGAUCAGAUCAAUGUCAACAAUGCCUACGUCUCCGGCAUGAAGGAGGAUAUGGGCAUGCAUGGCAAUGAGUUGAAUUACAUGCAAACCCUCUGGACCAUUGGCUAUGUCCUGGGUGAAGUUCCAAGGCAAGUCUUCCUCACUAACACGAUGACGGGUUCCAGCAACCUUCUCCUGACGAGAGUACGACCUUCCAUCUGGAUUCCUGCCUGUGAAGUCACCUGGUCUGUCCUGACCAUUCUGAUGACGCAAUGCACCAGUGUGAAGCAGAUGUAUGCCCUGCGUUUCUUCAUAGGUCUAGCCGAGAGCGCAUUCUAUCCUGGUAUGCAGUACGUCAUCGGAUGCUGGUACCGGCGGGACGAGCUGGCAAAGCGAUCUUGCAUCUUCCAUGCCAGUGGAAAUAUCGGCUCCAUGUUCUCCGGCUACCUGAUGGCUUCGGUCUACAACCUCCAGGGGAAGCAGGGAUUCAAGGGAUGGCAGUGGCUCUUCAUCAUCGACACCAUCAUCUCGCUCCCCAUUGCGGCGGCAGGCUUCUUCUUCAUGCCUGACGUUCCCGAGAUCACCAGGGCGUUUUACCUCACCGAGGACGAGAGGAAGCUUGCCAAGAAACGAAUGAUGCUGGAAGGCAGAGCACAGCGCGAGCCCUACACCAAGAAGAAGAUUAUCAAGAUCUUAUCCUCGUGGCACAUCUACGCCUUGACCUUGCUCUACUUCUUCUUCAACAACGGCUGUGGAAUGCUGGGCCAGCCUGCCUUCCAGCUCUGGCUCAAGGACCAGGGGUACAGCAUCAGUCACGUCAACACGUAUCCGACAAUCUCAAACGCCGUCACCGUCAUCACCACUCUUAUAUACGCCUGGUCGUCCGACACCGUCUUCAAAGGCGAACGCUGGCCUCCCAUCGUCUUUUCCGGCCUCCUGAGCGUCGUCGUAUAUUCGAGUCUGGCAGCCUGGGAUAUCCCCCUUGGCUGGAAGUGGGCUUGCUACAUCCUCGCCGGCUUUGGCGGAGGCAUCAGCGGCUUGACCUUUGCGUGGGCCCAUGAGAUCUGCAAGGAUGAUAACGAGGAGAGAGCCAUCGUGACGGGAGCCAUGAACGAGAUGGCCUACGUCUUCCAAUCCUUCCUGCCCCUGCUGAUUUGGAAGACUACUGACGCCCCCAGCUACCCCAAGGGUUUCAUCACCAUGGUCUUUCUGGGAGCUGGUCUUGCAGCAACGGCGCUCACUAUCCGUAUCCUUCAUAGACGCGAGUUGGCUUCAAAGAAAAUUGCUGGCUCUGCCUAA